AUGAUCAUAGUUAGCGUUACGCGUUACGUUUCCGUUUUCCACCAGAAUCCACCAAGGGUCAUUUUAGCGUCCCCACGCUCCAGCCCGUGCCCAUCAAAGGGUUUGGCCUCGACUUCGCGGGGCCGCUGCCGCGCUUGCGGCAGGGCAACCAGUACGUGGUGGUGCUGGUGGAGAGGCUUCAGCAAGACGGUGGCCCUGGUCCCCACUCGGGAUAAAGAACCCUCCACGGUUGUAGGUACCGUAGACGUCUUGGUGUUGACACAGGAGGCGUUCACACAGGAGGUGUUGACGCGGUUUGGGGCGCCGACGGAGGUGGUGACAGACAGGGGCGGGGAGUUUGCGGCGGAGUUCCAGGCGUGCCUGGACGCGGCACUGCACACAGACGUCGCUGGCGGGAUUCUCGCCGUACCAGCUCAUGUACGGGCGGGCACCACGGUCCCGGGGGCCAUCAAGGUGGAAGUGGCUAAGUCCCUGGACAUGGACAACGAGGAGCAGACCCUCGAUCUGGACAACGAGGAGCGGCUGGUGGCGCUAGUGGCGCAGCGCGCGAAGCUGUUUGAGCGGUGGGUGCCCAUGGCGAUGGGCAACCUGGAGAUUGCGCAUCACUGGCACCGCGACACCCUGCGGUACGCUCAGACGCGCAAUGGGGCUUGGAAGCCAGAAGCCGCAGGCGGUUAA